AUGAAGGCCGCUACAGCUCUCUUGUCCCUGGCGCACCUCGCUUCGGCGCACUACACUUUCCGGACGGUUGAGUUCGAUGGGCAGCCUACUUCGGAGUGGGGGAUCAUCCGCAAGACAGCCAACUUCGAGACGGCAGGCCCUAUCGAGGAUGUCACCAGCGAGCAGUUGACAUGUUACGAGCUGAACCCCGGCAGCCACGGUGCUGGAGUUCUUGAUGUACAAGCCGGUGCUGCUGUCUCCUUCACCUCCUCUCCCGCCAUCUUCCACCCCGGCCCGUCCCUGGCCUACCUGGCAAAGGUUCCUGCCGGCACGUCAGUGUCCGACUGGGACGGCAAGGGCGCAGUAUGGUUCAAGAUUUGGCAAGACGAGGCCAUCAUCACUUCGUCAGGCAUCAGCUGGCCCAGCCUGCAAUCACCUACGAUCGACUUUGACCUCCCGGAGUGCCUCGAAAACGGCGAAUACCUCCUCCGUGUAGAACACAUUGGCCUCCACACGACGCUGGAGCCGCAGUUCUACCUCAGCUGCGCCCAGAUCAACGUGUCUGGCGGAUCGGGAUCAUACUCGCCGGCUGGGCUGCUGAGCUUCCCUGGAGCCUACAGCAUGAAUGACUCUGGGCUCAAGGCGAACCUUUACUGGCCGAUUCCGACGGAGUACAUUGCCCCUGGCGGUCCUGUUGGUUCUUGUUGA